CAUGCUGAAAAACACGUUUUUGAAUGGAGCAUUGGUGCAUAUAAGGAAAGAGGAAAUCAGAGAGAAAGAGAGGGAAGGACGGAGAGGGGCCGCCGUGCUUGUUCACUUUUGUUUUCUGCCUCUCGCGUCCCUUCAGUGCCUCGAAGCGUUCUUGUUUUUGUUUGCACAGCUUCUCUGGAUCUCUGAAGGAAUCCACCUUUUUCUUCUUCAUUUUCAGCCUCCUGCUGCCGUUCCCUCUCUUCACGAGGCUUCUCUCUCACGAAGAGUUCGUUGUUUUUUUUGUAGAUAGAUUGAUAGAGUUGCUGGAUAUUAAUCUCUCAAUUAACAGAGAAAAUUAUUUGAUUUGUCGACUUGAAAAAACAUUUGAUCGAAGAGCAUAUUUGGAAUAAUACAUUAUGGAAAACACACUACAUUUUUCUGCUACUCUUCAAGCUGCUGCCUCCCCUGUUUUCUCCAAGAGGAUGAAUAAAAUGCAUUGCCAGUCUUUACGAGUCCAGAUGGUUAACUAUAAUUCCGUGGCUACAAAUUUGACACUGUCUAGAAGUAAUAGGGUUUUGAAAGUGAGUUGUGAGGCAGCCAGUGUUGAUGUACUUGAAAUGAACAAAACCGAAAAUCAAGCCGAGACGCAGCUAACAUGUGUGAUGAAGUUCGGUGGUUCUUCGCUGGCCUCUGCCUGGAGGAUGAGAGAGGUGGCUGAACUUAUUCUUAGCUUUCGAAACGAGAGGCCUGUCAUUGUUCUCUCAGCCAUGGGAAAGACAACUAACAAACUUUUGCUGGCUGGAGAAAAGGCUGUUAGUUGUGGUGUUACUAAUGUAGACAGUAUUGAAGAACUCAGUAUCAUUAAGGAAUUGCAUCUCCGGACUGCGAAGGAACUGGGAGUAGACGAGUCAGUUAUUGCUAGACUUGUUCAAUUUCCUGUAUCAGCUCUUCAUCUCAUGGACAAGGGGAAACCUCUUAAACGUACUCCUUUUGCAGAACACCUGGAGGAAUUAGAGCAGCUUUUGAAGGGAAUUGCUAUGAUGAAAGAGCUGACUCCACGCACAAAAGACUACCUGGUUUCAUUUGGGGAGUGCAUGUCCACGAGGAUUUUUGCAGCAUAUAUGAAUAAAAUCGGUGCAAAAGCUCGCCAAUAUGAUGCUUUCAAAAUUGGUUUUAUCACCACAGAUGACUUCACGAAUGCAGACAUUCUAGAACUAACUUAUCCGGCUGUGGCACAGAGUUUGCAUGGAGAUUGGAUUAGAGAUCCUGCAAUUCCCAUUGUUACCGGCUUCCUUGGAAAGGGCUGGCGAUCUUGUGCUAUUACUACAUUAGGCCGUGGUGGCAGUGAUUUGACGGCCACAACAAUUGGAAAAGCAUUAGGUUUGCGAGAGAUUCAGGUGUGGAAGGAUGUUGAUGGUGUUUUGACAUGUGAUCCUAAUAUAUAUCCACUUGCUGAACCUGUUCCAUACUUGACAUUUGACGAAGCAGCGGAACUAGCAUAUUUUGGUGCUCAGGUCUUGCAUCCACAAUCCAUGAGACCUGCUAGGGAGGGUGAUAUUCCAGUUAGGGUUAAAAAUUCUUACAAUUCGAAUGCUCCUGGGACUCUCAUCACCAGGACACGAGAUAUGAGUAAGGCAGUACUAACUAGCAUUGUUUUGAAACGGAAUGUUACUAUGUUGGAUAUUGUUAGCACCCGCAUGCUUGGCCAAUUUGGUUUUCUUGCUAAGGUGUUUUCGAUCUUUGAAGAUUUAGGAAUAUCAGUAGAUGUUGUUGCUACUAGCGAAGUCAGCAUCUCCUUGACACUCGAUCCAUCAAAGCUUUGGAGUAGAGAGCUGAUUCAGCAGGCAAGCGAACUCGACCAUGUUGUGGAAGAGCUUGAGAAAAUUGCUGUAGUCAAUGUCCUGCAGCAUAGAUCAAUAAUCUCUCUCAAUGGGAAUGUCCAGAGGUCCUCUCUGAUAUUAGAGAAGGUCUUCAAUGUUCUUCAUAUCAAAGGAAUCAACGUUCAGAUGAUAUCACAGGGCGCUUCAAAGGUUAAUAUCUCAUUAAUUGUGAAUGAUGAUGAAGCAGAGCAGUGUGUCAGGAGUCUCCACUCAGCUUUCUUUGAAAGCGACGUCUCUGAAUUAGAUGGGAAGUGUGUAUCUGAUAACGGUUCGGUUCAGCUACGAAGUGAAGAAUGAUUUGAGUUCUUAGCAGCAAGAUCUUAGCUGGUAAUGGUGGUUGAUUUGUCUGGUACGUUUGUGUUUUUGUCUUCCGGUCCAAAGAUAGGCACUGUACCUACACUCUCGGCAUCCUGGAAUUUACUGCUUUUGAUAUAGCCACCUCUCAUCGUGUAAUUGAGUAGUUAUUUACUAAUCUUUGUAGUUUAUCAAAACUGAUUAUGUGGAGAAAUUUUAAGUGAUAAUUUUCAAGA